GGUGCGAGAACAUUUGUCACCACGUUGAGUUUCUGGUCGAUUCCCCCGACACCCCCCAGGGUGUGAAGAAGGUGCUGCCAUUUUCCCGAGUGUUCCACUCAGCCUUUAAAUGGGGGCUGGGUGGAGGGGUAGAGGUUCCUCCUCUAACAGCUGAUACCGUCCAUCCUAAAAAUAGCCCAGCAUACCAACCACCACCAGUCACACCGAGCUUGUGGUCAGAACAGGACUAAACAGGACUGUCCUAAAAACUUCAGAUCAAAACAGCACGAUUUUGGAAGACAGAAGAUCAGAAGAUGCCGAAAAUCGUCAGACCAAAAGACUGCCAACCAGCCAAAACACUCUGGUUUGAUCGCAAAAAGUACGUGACUAUAAACAUCCUGGUUCAGAAAGCGAAGGACGUUCAGAUCGACAUUCAGGACACCAAGAUGAUUUUAAGCUGCAAAGACGACGACGACAACAACAUCUACAACGAGAUCGAGUUCUACGACAAGGUCCACAAAAAUGACUCCAGGGAGAAGGUGCACGACCGCACUAUUAACCUUCUGAUCAGAAAAAUGAAGGACAACGUGGCCUGGCCUCGUCUCACCAAAGACACGGCGAAGCCCGCCUGGUUAUCCGUAGACUUCGAUAACUGGAGGGACUGGGAACACGAGGAGGAUGACGGCCGGGCCGAGUUUGAACAGUACAUGGAUAUGCUGAAUGAUAUGAAGCAGAAAGGUGAGCCGCCCAGCAUGGAUGAUCUAGACCUGAGUGACUAACAGACUCCAAACUGUGCUGAGAGGUUCAAGAUCCUGCAAGAAACGACAAAUUAAAACCGAUUUAAUCAGAAUCAUUGAUUUAAUGUUUGAUUAUCAGGAAAUUAUUUCAUUUCAUUUGUUCAUGUUUAAUCGCUUUGAUAUUUUAUGAUAGUUUUCUAUGAUGCUGCUUUGUACUGGAAUUUAUUUAUUAAACUGGUUUUGAAAGCUGA